GGCGCACACGUAGCGUGCCAGGCUGAAGUGGGCGGGUCCACGCAGGCGCCCGCGGCGCGAGGGAGAGGCGAGCGGUCGGUGCAGUUUUGGGGGUUGAAUAUAACUUGCAAAUAACAUGUCUCCUGAAGUUGCCUUAAACAGAAUUUCUCCAUCACUUUCUCCUUUGAUCUCCAAUGUGGUCAGAAAUGGAAAAGUGGGAUUGGAUGCAACUAACUGUUUAAGGAUUACUGAUCUGAAAUCUGGCUGCACAUCAUUAACUCUUGGGCCCAGCUGUGAUCGAUUUAAGUUGCAUAUUCCAUAUGCUGGAGAAACACUAAAAUGGGAUAUAAUUUUUAAUGCUCACUAUCCUGAGUUGCCACCUGACUUUAUCUUUGGAGAGGAUGCUGAAUUUUUACCUGAUCCUUCUGCCUUGCAUAACCUGGCCUGCUGGAAUCCUUCAAAUCCUGAAUGCCUUCUGCUUGUUGUAAAAGAACUUGUACAACAGUAUCACCAGUUUCAGUGCAGCAGAUUACGUGAGAGCUCUCGGCUCAUGUUUGAAUAUCAAACAUUACUUGAAGAACCUCAAUAUGGAGAAAACAUGGAAAUUUAUGCUGGCAAAAAGAACAGCUGGACUGGUGAAUUUUCAGCUCGUUUCCUUCUGAAAUUGCCAGUGGACUUCAGCAAUAUCCCUACCUACCUUCUCAAGGAUGCAAAUGAAGACCCUGGGGAAGAUGUUGCUCUUCUUUCAGUCAGUUUUGAGGAUACAGAAGCUACUCAGGUUUUUCCCAAAUUGUAUCUCUCUCCUCGAAUUGAACAUGCUCUUGGUGGAUCUUCUGCCCUUCACAUUCCUGCUUUUCCAGGUGGAGGCUGCCUUAUUGAUUAUGUUCCCCAAGUAUGCCAACUGUUAACCAACAAGGUUCAGUAUGUUAUCCAGGGUUACCAUAAGAGAAGGGAAUAUAUUGCAGCAUUUCUUAGUCAUUUUGGAACUGGAGUGGUAGAAUACGAUGCCGAGGGUUUCACAGAACUCACUUUAUUGCUGAUGUGGAAGGAUUUUUGCUUCCUUGUUCACAUUGACUUGCCACUGUACUUUCCUCGGGAUCAGCCAACUUUGACAUUUCAAUCGGUCUAUCAUUUUACUAAUAGUGGAGAACUCUAUUCGCAAGCCCAGAAAAACUACCCCUAUAGUCCACGAUGGGAUGGCAAUGAAAUGGCCAAAAGAGCAAAGGCUUAUUUCAAACUAUUUGUCCCUCAGUUCCAGGAGGCAGCCUUUGCAAAUGGAAAACUCUAAAAAGGGGAAAAAACAACCUCAUCCUGAGAAAAUGCCAAACAGAUUCUUGUGCCCACAUGCUUGUCAACAGAUUGCAAGAUAACUUCCUGAAGCUUGGGCUUCAGCAUUUAUUGGAGGGGGGGGGUUGCCUCUGGAGUUUCAUUGUGAUCAUCAUAGACCGAACUCACUCUGAAUACAUAAUGAGGACUUUGGCUGAUUGACUUCAAUACAGGGUCUUUUUUUCUUUCCCCUCAAUCUUCCCAUAUGCAGAAACAUUGCUUCCUUACUUGCUUGAUGGAAACUCAAAAUGUAUCAGAUAAAUGUGAUUUUUUUUCCUUGUGUUUUACUUAUUUCUAAAUUUCUUUUUCUAUGCCAGUGUUGAGAGUUUUCUGUGAAUUUCUGCAUGCUGGAAUUUCUGUUUUUGACACAGUAGAAGUAAACUGAAAAUAAAUGUACAAUAACAAUGUCA